CAUCUCUUGCUCCCCGGCCCAAACCGAUCCCCCAUGCAGUCGCCGGCCAAAGCAGCAGCUCCGCCUCGCCGGAUGCCCCUCCAGCCGAAGAACUUCGAUUUCAUCCCGUCCGUCUGGAUCCAUCCGAAGCCCAAACCGAUCGCAUUCCGGUACCCGCCCUCGACCGGAGAGGGGGCGGGUAAGGAGAGCCGCCCCAUCUCGUCCCCGGAGUUGGGAACGAUGGCUGGGCUGCGGGACGCGUCGCUGUCGGAGGAGCUGGCGGCGGCCCGGCUGAGGCGGGAGCGGCUCCGGGCGGAGAGGGAGCGGACGGAGGAGGCGAUGCGGGAGCGGUACGCGGCGAUGCGGAGGUGGGCGGUGGAGCUGGAGAAGUGGGCCGAGGAGCAGCGGAACUUGGAGCUGGAGCUCCGCCUCUUGAUCGAGCUUCGGGAUUUGCAAUCCUCCUCUACGAUUUCGUCUCCAGUUCAAUCUCUGAGAGAAAAGGAACAGCAAAGAAGUAUGGAGGUGAAACUGCAGAUGUCUCCAGUUCAACCCCUAAGAGAGAAAGAAAAGCAAAAAAUUGUGGAAGUGCAGUUGCAGGGACCCAAAAUUGCAGAACAAUAUAGUGAAGUUGGAAUGCCCUCUUCAAUUGAGGAAAAUGAGACAGAGAAGUAGUGUUUCUUCUCCACUUCAAUCUUUCUAUCUCUCUCUUGUUUUGUCACAUGUAAUUUGUGCCUUGAAAUGAAGAAAGUCAAAUUGCUCGUUUGCAUCCCUUUGCCACACACUUGUGUUGCCAUCGUGGUCAUGUAUCAAUACUUGUCAGUGAUCAGAGCAAGAAUCCAUAAUUGCUCUGAUCUGUGACAGCUUUUGCUGAAAUUUACAGAAGAAUAGUGUUCAUGUUUGACAUUACUCACUGACCUCUUUGCAAAUGA